AUGAUCUUGUUUUCUAGAUAUGAGUCCAACUCAGGAGGAGAGCGAGAGAUUCAGCGCACUAUGCUCGAACUUCUGAAUCAAUUGGAUGGUUUUGAUUCCCGCGGUGACGUAAAAGUUAUUAUGGCAACAAACCGAAUCGAAACAUUGGAUCCCGCUUUAAUUCGACCCGGUCGCAUCGAUCGAAAGAUUGAAUUUCCUUUGCCAGAUGAAAAGACCAAGCGAAGAAUAUUCAGCAUACACACCAGUCGCAUGACCCUAGCGGAGGAUGUCAACAUGGAGGAAUAUGUGACAUCAAAAGAUGAACUAUCGGGCGCCGACAUCAAGGUAUGCUUCUCUACUCUUAUUAUCAAACAGCAGUUUGGUUACGGCUCAUUUAUGCCCCUUACUAUUACUACUACCAUUCAUUGUCUCGCAUUGAUUGAUAAUUAA